AGAGAGAGAAAGCGACAGGGAGAGUAUGGGUUUCCUGUUCUGUUCUAUUUUUUCAAAGUAUAAAUUGAAGGGGGAACUGGGGGAGAGGAGAAGGGCGGAGCUGGGGAAGAACUCAGUUUACUUCCAUUUCAUUAAUCUGAGCCCGCACUUUGGUGCCAUAGAUUCAGAGGGCACCAUUGCCUCCUUACUUUUCUCUAACCAUCUCCCUCCGCGGUGUUGUUUUUGUACGUAGAGCCGAUCGUCCAAGGGGAAGCGGCAACUCUGUCGGGAAGCUAGGAGGGUGGAGGAAUCAGCGUGAAAGAUUCUAGCUUUCAUAGAUUUUAGGAUUUGGUGGGGGGGAUCUGAGAUGGGUUUAUCGCAGCCACAGGAUGGUCGGAAAAUGGAGGGCUGGCUAUACCUUAUUCGAUUCAAUCGCCUUGGCCUGCAGUACUCCAGGAAGCGCUACUUCGUUCUCGAAAAUAACGCCCUCAAUUGCUUCAAAUAUGUUCCCUCUUCAAACAGAGAGGAUCCUCUUCGAAGUGCACUUCUUGAUUCCUGUAUACGUGUGACAGAUAAUGGGAGGCUGAACAUACAUAAAAAUGUUCUUUUUAUUUUUACCUUAUAUAAUGCAUCUAAUCACAAUGAUCAGCUUAAGUUGGGUGCCAGGAGCUCAGAAGAAGCAGCUAGGUGGAUAAAAGCCUUAAUGGAGGCAGCACUGAAGGAAUGCCCAAUUAAAGCAGAGAAUGUUUUGGUGUCUCGUUCGAAAAGAAAAUGGCAAUCUUUUAGGUUGAGUAGAGGUAGAAGUCGAAUGCGCUCCAUUGAUUGGACUGCCUUUUCCUCCAUCCACUCAGAUUUAAUGACGUCUGAUGUUAUCGCACCUUCUCCGUGGACUAUUUUUGGAUGCAACAAUGGCUUGCGGCUUUUUAAGGAGGCUAAGGAUGGUGACUUUUAUGAGAAGUAUUGGGAUGAUCACCCGGCUAUAAUGGCAGUAGGUGUUGUUGAUGCACCAUCUGAGGCUAUUUUUCAGACAGUUUUUUCUCUUGGUCCAUCAAGAUCCGAAUGGGACUUCUGCUUUUCAGCAGGCAGUGUUGUUGAACAUUUGGAUGGGCAUAAUGAUAUUAUACACAAAGAAUUAAAGAGUGAUUGGCUGCCUUGGGGAAUGAGAAGAAGAGACCUGCUACUAAGGCGUUAUUGGAGGAGGGAAGAUGAUGGAACAUAUGUUAUUUUAUACCACUCUGUGUUCCACCAAAAAUGUCAACCGCAAAGGGGCUAUAUUAGAGCCUGCCUUAAAAGUGGAGGGUAUGUUAUAUCCCCUAUAAAUCGAGGAAAGCAAUCUGUUGUUAAGCACAUGCUUGCAAUUGAUUGGAAGUUUUGGAAGUCUUAUCUAUUUUCCUCUUCUGCAAAAAGCAUUACAAUUCGGAUGCUUGGAAGAAUUGCAGCCUUGAGGGAAUUGUUUCGAGCAAAAAUUGGAAACCACCAAUGCUCUGAUUUCUCCUCAGGUGAACUAAUGAGGAUUGCGACGUUGCCACGUAUUGAACAAGAGGAAAUUAAGGUGGAAGUGCUGUCUGGAGAUGGAAAUAGCAGUAAUGGAGGGAUCAGGGGAGAGACCAUUCAAUCUCCUUCAAUACCAACCUUGAGUGGAUCAUUCGUUCAACUGAAUGAUGCUGCAGAUGAAUUCUUUGAUGUUCUGGAUGAAUCAGAGUGUGAUCAGCCCGAAGCCAUUUGGUCAUCUGAGGAACAACGCCAGCCCAAGUUUUCAGCAGCUGCAGGCCUAGUGAAAAGGUUACAUGAACUUGCAGUCCAAAAGAAAGGCUAUAUUGAUUUACAAGACGCCUUAAUGGGAGAUACAAUACCAUGCAGUUAUGGGACCACUCUCAAGAAGGAUGCAACCUUUAAUGCCCCUUGUACUUGGGCAGAGACGGAUCCUUCAACAUUUUUGAUUCGUAGUGAAAGCUACCUUAGUGACCAUCAUAAGGUCAAAGCCAAUGGUUCCUUGAUGCAAAUGGUCGCUGCUGAUUGGCUAAAAUCUGAUAAGCGUGAAGAUGAUCUUGGUGGCAGACCUGGGGGCAUUGUGCAGAAAUAUGCUGAUCAAGGUGGCAAUGAAUUUUUCUUCAUUGUUAACAUCCAGGUUCCAGGUUCAACGACAUACUCUCUUGGUUUGUAUUAUCUGAUGGAUACCCCUCUUGAAAGAGUGCCAUUGUUAGAGCGCUUUGUUAGAGGGGAUGAUGCUUUUAGGAAUUCAAGGUUUAAGCUCAUCCCUUAUAUAUCUAAGGGCUCUUGGAUAGUGAAGCAAAGUGUGGGAAAAAAAGCAUGCUUGAUUGGUCAAGCAUUGGAAGUAAAUUACUUUGGCGGGAAAAAUUACUUGGAGAUUGGAGUCGAUGUUGGUUCAUCAACAGUAGCCAGAGGCGUUAUUACUCUUGUUCUUGGUUACCUGACCAAUCUUGUUAUAGAGAUGGCAUUCCUGAUACAAGGCAAUACUGAAGAAGAGCUUCCAGAGUUUCUGCUUGGAACCUGCCGCUUAAAUCAUCUGGAUGCUUCUAAAGCAGUUUCAAUAACUCCUUGGAAGCAUUAAAGAGGUGACAAAUUAACCGGUUACAGAAUGCUCAACUCAGGUCAGAUGGCUUUGGGUUUUUGCAGAUUUACACACCUCGUCCUAUUCACCAUUACAUAAAAAUAUAUCUUCAAUAAAAAAUAAUGAAAAUUUACAGCAGCCGGUGCUGCACUAAACUGUGUAGAUACCACUUUCCGAUUACAUUUCAUCAUUCUUUGAUUGACAAAGCUGAGCUUCUUGUAUCUACAUAUGAUGGUAUAUAUAAGUGAAGUUUUGUCAGAUAUAAGUGAAUGUAAAAAAUGAAGUAGGAGCUGUGAGCCUCAUCUAGAUUAAAGCAGAACAGAACUCUCUAUGUAUGUUGAUAUAUCAAAGGGCACAUUUUAUGAGCAUAUUCUGCAGUAUUUUGGGCUUUACAUUGUUAUGAAAAUGGAUCAAAGUGCACAUUUUUAUUUAUUUUUUGUUGAUAUUUGUAUUCCCAUA